AUGAAGCAAUGGGUGGUGGAGAGCAAGGACAAGGAUUUUGACGGCCUGGUCUAUCAAGAUGCGCCAGUGCCGGAAGUUGGCGAGAGCGAAGUACUGGUGAAGCUCCAAGCUGCUUCGCUGAACUACCGUGACUUGAUCAUUCCCAAGGGCAAGUACCCAUUCCCGACCAAAUUGCCCGUCGUUCCCGCUUCCGACGGGGCCGGCGAGGUCGUCGAGGUGGGUUCUAAGGUGACCGAGUUCAAGAAGGGUGACAGGGUGGCGACUCUUUUCAACCAAGGACACCAGUAUGGCGAAAUCGAUAUCCCCGCGACACACACUGGUUUGGGUGGUGUGAUUGAUGGUGUUUUGCGUGAAUAUGGUAUCUUCAACGAGAAGGGACUCGUGAAAGCUGCCAAGAACCUCAGUGCCCUCGAAAAUAGCACCCUUGCAUGUGCAGCCCUUACAAGUUGGAAUGCUCUAUAUGGCCUGAAGCCGUUGAAGCCUGGUCAGACUGUUCUGGUUCAAGGAACCGGAGGUGUCAGCAUGUUCGCCUUGCAGUUUGCCAAAGCUGCUGGUGCCACUGUGAUCGCAACGACUUCCUCCGACCAGAAGGGCGAGAAGCUCAAGAAGCUCGGAGCCGACCACGUCAUCAACUAUAAGAUCGAUCCGCACUGGGGCGAAACCGCUCGCAAGCUCACUCCAGAUGCCGCAGGUGUGGAUCAUGUUAUUGAGGUUGGCGGACCUGGAACCCUGCGACAGAGCUUCAACUGCAUCAAGUACGAGGGCGUCAUCAGCGUGAUUGGCUUCCUGGGUGGCGUCAAUGCCCAGGACCAGCCUGCAGUAUUGGACACAUUGAGCAACAUUUGUACCGUCCGUGGUGUGUAUGUGGGUAGUAAGGCUCUCAUGCGGGACAUGAUCCGCGCGAUCGAGGCCAACGAUAUCCACCCGGUCGUGGAUGAGAAGGUCUUCACUCUUGAUCAAGCCCGGGACGCCUAUGAGUACAUGUGGGCACAAAAGCAUUUUGGAAAAUUGACUAUCAAGGUCAACUAA